AUGUCCUUGAGUUCGCAAAGUGAGGAUGAUGACUUCCGUUUGGGAGCCGCAGAGACAAACCGAAAGGAUGUCCAAAGCGGGCAGAAACAGAUCCAAGCUAAGAUGAUGCUUCAGCUGUCUUCCACCGACCCAGCAAGUGCGAAGCGGGUCAUGGACGUCUGGAAGACGAUGCUGUCAACCACUUUGCGCCACAAGACCAAUGAUUUCGGCAGCCUUGACGAGUACCUUGACUUCCGUAUUGUAGACACAGGAGCACCUUUCGUCGCGGCCGUCAUGCUCUUCGGUAUGGGCAUGGUGCUUACGGACAAAGAGCAUGACGAAUUUGCAAGCGUUGUUCGGCCUUGUUUCGCUUCGGAGUGGGAUGAGGCACAAGAACCCGGUGCCCCUAAACCGGUCAACGCAGUAUGGCUGUACAUGCAAUGGCAGGGUGUGGAUAUUGCGAGCGCGAAGCUACUUGUUCUUGAGGCUGCCAGUCAUCACGAAAAGCAGUUCCUGAGCCUCUGCGACGAAUUUAGACGCAAGUUCGCGCCCGUUUCCGAAACAGCCGAUCGGUAUCUUCGAGGACUGUCGUACCAAAUCAGCGGCAAUGUGAUCUGGAGCCUGAACUGCCCUCGCUACCAUUCUGAAUAUCGCUACGAUCCCAAUGCUGUUGACCUGAGCAAGUCGCGCGAGAUGGCAGACGAAGAGAAACUAGGGCAAGAUCACCUGGAAGCGCCAUUUCAUUACACCAGCUCGCUACCCUCGAAAGGUGUAAGAGAUACACUAGUAGAUGCUCUGGGCCUUUGGUCUGGUCUUUCAGAAGAUGAAGGGUCCAAGGUCAAAGACGUGAUCCAUUGGUUGCAUACAGCUUCACUCAUGUUGGAUGAUAUUGAAGAUGGAUCCGAGCUUAGGCGUGGCAGUCCAGCUGCGCAUACGGUAUUCGGUGCCCCGCAGACGAUCAACUCUGCAAGUUUCGCCAUACUAGAAGCUGUGAGCAAGGCCAAACAGACGGGGUUACCCAACGCAGUCGACAUUACCCUUGAGCAACUCCGGAACCUGCACGUGGGACAAAGUUACGACCUUUACUGGACCCGCCACGCUAUAUGCCCUUCCGAAGAGGAGUAUCUAGAAAUGGUGUCGAAGAAGACUGGUGGCCUGUUCCAGCUUCUUUGGCAGCUGAUAAGCAGUGGCGCAAACAACAGGUGGAAUCCCCUUGUAGCCAUUUAA